UGCUGCCACUAGAGCCUGUCAGGUGGCUGCUGGUGACUCCCCACCGGAUUUUCUUUCUCUCUCUCUCUCUCUUCACAGAUCACUUCCCAAGAGGAGUCUACAGCAGAAACUUCUUCAUUGCAAGUUGAGCUGCCACUUCACAUAGGAGGGAGAGGAGCUGGGACUGCACUCGCCAACUCCUGUCUUCUGGAUCCUGGGCACGCUCUUGCCUGUGAUAGUGUGUUUGCCAACAUGGCACCCAAAAAGAAGACCAUCAAAAAGAACAAAGCAGAUAUCAAUGAGAUGACUAUAAUUGUAGAAGAUAGCCCCUUAAACAAACUGAAUGCUUUGAACGGGCUCCUAGAGGGAGGCAAUGGCCUUAGCUGUAUUUCUUCUGAAUUAACAGAUGCUUCUUAUGGCCCUAACCUCUUAGAAGGCCUAAGUAAAAUGCGGCAGGAGAGUUUCCUCUGUGACCUAGUCAUUGGUACCAAAACCAAAUCCUUUGAUGUUCAUAAAUCAGUGAUGGCUUCAUGCAGUGAAUACUUUUACAACAUCCUAAAAAAAGACCCAUCAACUCAAAGAGUGGAUCUCAAUGACAUCUCACCUCUGGGCCUGGCCACUGUCAUUGCAUAUGCCUACACUGGAAAGCUGACCCUCUCCUUGUAUACAAUAGGAAGCAUUAUUUCUGCCGCAGUUUAUCUUCAGAUCCAUACUCUUGUAAAGAUGUGCAGUGAUUUUCUGAUUCGGGAGAUUAGUGUUGAGAAUUGUAUGUACAUUGUUAAUAUUGCUGAGACAUACUCCCUGAAAAAUGCAAAGGCAGCAUCCCAGAAAUUUAUCCGGGAUAACUUCCUUGAAUUUGCAGAAUCAGAUCAAUUUAUGAAACUUACAUUUGAGCAAAUUAAUGAGCUUCUUAUAGAUGAUGACUUACAGUUGCCUUCUGAGAUAGUAGCAUUCCAGAUUGCAAUGAAAUGGUUAGAAUUUGACCAAAAGAGAGUGAAACAUGCUGCGGAUCUUUUGAGCAAUAUUCGCUUUGGUACCAUCUCUGCACAAGACCUGGUCAAUUAUGUUCAGUCUGUACCAAGAAUGAUGCAAGAUGCCGAUUGUCACAAACUUCUUGUAGAUGCUAUGAACUACCACUUACUUCCAUAUCAUCAAAACACAUUGCAGUCUAGGCGAACAAGAAUCCGAGGGGGCUGCCGAGUCCUUGCCACGGUUGGAGGACGCCCAGGUCUUACAGAGAAGUCCCUUAGUAGAGACAUUUUGUAUAGAGACCCUGAAAAUGGAUGGAGUAAGCUUACAGAAAUGCCGGCCAAGAGUUUUAAUCAGUGCGUGGCUGUGAUGGAUGGAUUUCUUUAUGUAGCUGGCGGUGAAGAUCAGAAUGAUGCAAGAAAUCAAGCCAAGCACGCAGUCAGCAAUUUCUGCAGAUAUGAUCCCCGCUUUAACACCUGGAUACACCUGGCCAGCAUGAACCACAAGCGCACGCACUUCAGCCUGAGUGUGUUCAACGGGCUCCUUUACGCUGUGGGAGGCCGCAACGCAGAAGGCAGCCUAGCCUCGUUGGAGUGCUAUGUUCCCUCCACGAAUCAGUGGCAGCCAAAGACACCCCUGGAGGUGGCGCGCUGUUGCCACGCCAGCGCGGUCGCUGAUGGCCGCGUGCUAGUGACCGGCGGCUACAUCAGCAACGCGUAUUCUCGCUCUGUGUGUGCCUACGACCCGGCCCGCGACUCAUGGCAGGAGCUGCCUGGCCUGAGCACGCCUCGAGGUUGGCACUGCGCUGUCACGCUGUGCGACAGGGUAUAUGUGAUGGGGGGCAGCCAGGUAGGGCCGCGCGGGGAACGGGUGGACGUGCUGACCGUAGAGUGCUACAGCCCCGCCACCGGCCAGUGGAGCUACGCCGCUCCCCUGCUCGUGGGCGUGAGCACCGCAGGAGCCUCAGCGCUGCACGGUCGCGCCUACCUAGUAGGGGGCUGGAACGAGGGCGAGAAGAAGUACAAGAAGUGCAUCCAGUGCUUCAACCCCGAGCUCAACGAGUGGACAGAGGACGACGAGCUGCCUGAGGCCACCGUGGGCGUGUCCUGCUGCACCCUCUCGAUGCCAAACAGCGUGACUCGGGAAUCCCGAGCCAGCUCGGUGUCCUCAGUGCCGGUCAGCAUCUGAAUCAGGUAGAUUAAGAUGGGACGCAGGAAGAACACGUAUUUAUUCUUAGAGCCACGUGGUUAAACUUGGAAUUUUAAGAAAAGGAAAAUAUAUAACAUUUACUACAAUUAUUGUUUUAAAAUAUAUCUAGGCAUGUGUCUUGGUGGCUUUAAAUCCUUGGUAUGGCAUAAUCUACCUCUAUUUUUUUUUUUAAUCAGAAUACAGGGCUGGCCAACGAAAGAAAUAAGUUUAUUUCAGCAGCCGCUGGGUGGCAGGCAGACACAGUUUGUUGUAGGCACUCUUCCAACGUGGCUUGUGUCCUAAAUGAUAGCGGUUACUACCCACAUUUGAAAUUUUUCUUCUGUACUUUGGUACACAUGAAGCUGAUGUGAGUGAGCAACUUUGUGUUCUAGAGUUUUGUUCUCCCUCUUUUUUACUUUAAGAAUUUGAAAAUAAUCAUUUGUAGAUUUUAUUUUAAAAUGGAAAUCGUUUGUAUCCAUGAAGACUUAAUUCUGUAUUUCAACACAGUUUCUUUUACUAUACUUGAAUCAAUAAAGGAUUUUGAAAGGUAUCCCAUGACAAAGUCAUAAAGUUUAAAACAUAGUCAGACCAGAAUGGAACAGAGAUUCUACUCAAAAUCCGGCAGGUCGGUGGAACCUCAGGGUUAGCUGUGAUUCUCCUUUUACUCCUUUCCUCAGGCCCCAGGAUAUUUUGUCAUAAAAUCCUACUCUUAAAGAAGGAAUUGAUAUUAGUCAAAUAAAACUAUGCUUUUAAAGACCAUUAACUUAAAGCUUAGCCUGAAGGUUACACAACUGAUAACAAUAAUUUUAUUUGGCCCACUCUUAUACAACAAGAAUGAGGGAAAUAUUUGAAAUUCUUGGAUUUGGCAAUAACUAGGAUGAAUGGGUUCUCCUGUUGGUAAAUACCAUAGUUUCCCAUUUCAUAUCUACUCCCUUGAUUUCAGUUAAAAAUGUAACACAUUCAUUUCACAUAGAAAUAUAAAAUAAUAUGUGCCCAUUCUGUUUUAUUAAUCUCAUUUACUCCAAAUUAGCUUUGUAAUCAAAGCACAUCCACCUGCUAUCAUUUUUUUCUUACAUAUUUGCUGAGUUUGGGGAAAAGGUAAUUAUUGUAGUAAAUGAUACAUAUUUUCCUAUCUUAUAAUUUGUGACUUUAUUCUUUGCUAGUUUAUUGUUUUGGAGAGGAAGCAGGCAAUCAAUUACAGGUUAUAUGCAAUUGGAUUUUGAAAAAUAAACUGUUUAAAGGAUUAGAUAUGAGAUACAUAAAUGAUAUAACUUGGUUUUCAUUAAUCCCAUCCUCUCCCACCUUGUGUAGAUAGAUUACUGCUAGAGUUAUACUAUGUAUAUCUAAAAUACAGUCGACCCUCCUUAUCCACUUGUUCCGCAUCUGUGGAUUCCAACUAACCAUGGAUUGAAAAAUAUUUGAAAAAAAUUUUUUCAUCUGAAUUUAACAUGUUCAAACUAUUUCUUUUUGCAACUAUUCCCUAAACAGUAGUGUAACAACUUAAAUUGUAUUUACAUUGUAUUAGGCCUUAUAAGUAAUGUAGCAGAAGAUGUGAGUAGAUUAUAUGACAAUACUAUGCCAUUUUAUAUAUGGAACUUAAGCAUCCAUGGAUAGUGGUAUCCUGGAACCAAUUCCCUGAGGAUACUGUGGGGCAACUGUAUUUUAUUUCAACUGUGAAAAGUGGUUCAUGUUGUACACUUUGUGGAACAAUUUUAUAUCAUUGCCCCUCAUGAAAAGUUCUAUCUCUGGGUAUUUAAUGGUAACACUUGGGUACAGGCCAUAAACACUACAAAUUGAGAACAAGAUGUUAUUAGUGUGAAAACACUGGGCUAGUUCCUUACCCCACACAGAGAAUUGAGGCAUUUCAUCAAGUAUGGAGCAGAUUAAUGGCACCUGCUCCUUUGACCCCUUUUCUGCCCAGGCUGGAAAAUAAAGCUCUUCGAGGAAUUAGUUUAUGAAGUAAGUUUAAUUAUUGAACUCUUAAAUUACCAAUGAUACAACCUAUUUACAUAUAGCCUUUUGUUUUUGAACCAGCAUGGGUGAAAUGAACUUUUCAGUUUUAAUCAGUUAUUUUGGCUAUUACUUGCAAAGCCUGUGUGAAGGUAACCAUAACAUCUUUGUAUCUUGGUAUACACACACUUAUGAAACUAAAAAGCCUAUAGUAUAUUGUUAAUUUUGAGAAGGAAAAAAGUGCUUUAUUGUGGAUUACAGAUCAGUAGACAAAGAGAGGUAAUUCCUUGAUUCACACUAACAGUUAUGUUUCCCAUUGAGAUCUUAGAGAUGUUGUGUGAAGAACCUAGGGCUCAAAAUUAAAAAAGAAUUUAUCAAUCAAUUGUAAGAUUUUUAUGAUUUAAAAAGAAUGAAGAGAGGAUAUUGAAACUGGAAACGUUUUCUUCUAUCACAGCUUGUUAAGAUAGAUUGUGAAAAAACUUGGUAGUGGCUUCCUAAGGAUAAAACUGGAGACACUUUAAAGUCAGAUAAAUAAUUUGAAAUUACCAUUUAAAAUAUUGUCCUCACUGUUUAUCUGAAGACUCAUAAGUACACAUACCUGGGCUGAGCAAGUUUCUGGAUUUGUUAUAGUUUUAUCAUCUGCUUCAAGAGUUAAAUCAAUGAAGACCGAGUUUAGAAGGCUGAAGUUUCCUGACAUAACGUUAGUAGGAAGUGUGGAACAUAAAGGUUGGUGAAAGUUUUGAAUCCUGGAACACACUGCACCACUGCCAACUGAAAGAUACGAAUGUACGCCAAAUCAAAAUAAUGUGUGUCAUUUUUCAUGUGUAACUGAGAUAGAUUCUUUAACCCACUUUGGAAGCAGCUGCUUCUGAAAAACAGGACAAUGUCUCCAAGCUUCUGAAAUGAAAAUUUACUUUUUAUUUUGGUGUAAGCUUGUAUUCAAUUACACUCCCAAGUCUUAGGAUCCAACUGUGUGCCUCCUUCGAUUUUUCUGAAAGAAAAGGAUAUGUUAGUUUUGUAAUGCCUCAGUCCUGUGAUUAAAUAAACACUUCAGUUCAAUAGAUCAGAAACAAGUGUGUUACCCAGCAGCAGAAACAAUAAAACUGAAGCUUCUUUUUCUGAAUGAGGCCAGAGACCUGAUAAGAAAGUCUCCAGGAAGUCAGACUUUAAUGUAGCUUGUCUAUUUUUAAUUAAGACUCUUGGGGCGGGUUGUGAUACCAAAUGCAUUAGUUGCUUUCAGUGCACUGAAUGAGUUUUAUUUUUACUUCCUAUGUUGAAAGAAUAGUUACAAAUAGAAGGUCAGUGGUGAUGGCACAGAUGAAUAUAGUUUGUGCAAUGAGUAGAUGGUAGUGGAGUGUUGUGAGUGAGGAGGUAUAAUUGAGGUAAUAAGGAAGCAAGUACAGACAAAAUGGUCUAUAAUUAAAGGCAGAAUAGCAAUUAUAGUAACUAUAUUUUACAAACUAUAUGUAAAUAGAGUUUUACCUGGAAAUAUGUGUUAAAAGAUCUUUUUGUUUUCCCACAUUAGCUAUCCUGCCAAAGUAUUUAUAGAAUUUAUCCAAGUUACUAAACAAAAGAGACAAAAAUCAUUCAUUUAAUUUACUUUUCUCUUAGUUACAACCAAAUGAAUCUGUGUAAUUUCUGAAUGAGCUGAAUAAACAUUCUAACCAAGGAUGAAUAUGUUCUCCAGCACAAGACAGAAUUAAAAGGAAGUCAUUUCAGUAUUUUUUCAUAUCGAUUAAACACUAUAGCAUAAUUUCUCAAACACAUACCUCUCUAGGUAAUUAUGAGAACUAAAGACUCUAAAUAUUAAAGAUUUGCCCUGUAGCACACUUAGAGGGUAAAGACCAUUUAAUUUUCCCUUUCAGGAAAUUUGAAAUAAAAUGUUUAUCUUGGAGACUCCUAGAAGUAUUUUAUAUAUUCAACAAAUUUUGGUAGAAAAUUUCUUUGUUUGGUUAAAACAUUCAGGUAUCUCAUCAGGAACAACAAACAAAAAUGUAUGGUAGUGUUAUUUUGUAACCUCAUCACUAUCAAUAAAGCUGCAUUCUAUAAGAGCUUAGUCAA